AUGUUAGUCGAACUCUGCCGACACAUGUCCAGAAAUAAACAUAAAUAAAAAAAUAUACUAUUGCGUCACUGAAAACUAGAUCCUAAACCUCGACGUCAAGUGUGGACAACUCUUUAGGGCAUACCAAGGCUUGCCAGGAAGGUGGGAAUGGAGAGGGUUGACAUUGGCAAAGAUCCAAUCACAACUAUAGCAGCAAACGAACACAAUAACUCGAGCAAAUAUUUGGAAAUGAACGAGUUGCAACAAGGCUUACAAAGUACUCAUAUUUUUAGCUCGUCAAAGAUGCCCUGCAAGAGAAAAACUCAAACUGAUACAAAAGUAUCGAAGAAAUUUAAAACAGAAAAAAACAGUACAGACCUUUGUUUGCAUCAAGACACACGUGGACUUCAGGAUAUUCAUACUUUCACAAGUGGCCAGUCCAAAGUCCAGUCAGAUCAUGCUGAAGGUCUACUAAUUGGUGAUCAUGAAACUCAGGAGUCAGAAGAUGGAGAAGCUGAUCUACACCAAUAUUUUAACUGUAAGAAGAAUCCAGGUCAUAGAGAGUUUAUACCUGUUUAUACAUUCACCUUGAAACAUUUACCUGAAGGUUUUCAAGAUAAUGUUUUGUAUGACCUCAUCAAAGCCACAGCUGACCUGACAGUUAGAGUAAAUGUUACGAUUUCCAGUCCACGCAGACCAGAGUUUUGGCCGGAGACAACUCAACCAUAUCCAUUUUCUAACAUGAGUAAGAGAAGUAACUUGAGGACAGGAAGUGGAAGAGUGAGGGAUGUAAACAAGUAUCAAGAUGGAGAAAUACAAGGUGGAGGUUUUGGAUUUAAUGCCUACACAAAGUGUUGGUGUAGAAAAUGUGAAGUUUCAGACUCUCCCAGCAAUGUGUGGUGGGAGUUUGAUGUGUCCACGGCCACACAUGUGGUUUUUGAUGACAUUGAGGCCAACCAUACGACCUUGAGAUUGUUUUAUGAUAAGUAUGAAAGUGAAGUGGUCAAUGUUGAUAAGGUCAGUGUUGUAGAUGUAAAAAUUAAGUAUGACUCGUGUUGUCUGAAAUGUGUGACAUGUGACAAAAAUGUAGGAAAUAAACUGAUGGAAAUGUUUAAAAAUUUUAAAAAUAGCUGGGGGAAAGUCUGGAACAAUUACACUGACUCUAGACCUAAACACAAGUUGACCUUUAUAGUGUCACAUCCUCAUGGAUGUUCUAAACAGGUCAGUGUUGGUCAAUGGACGUACAUACGAAAUAUGGGUCGUAGAUGUCAAUUGACUUAUACAACUUGUACAUGUCCAGGAAGUAGUGGAGCAUAUGUCCACUGUCUGGGGUGUGAAGACUGGACUUGGUCUGAACUUGUCCACAGUGGAAGUUUCAAGUCUGGAUCAAAUUACAGUGCAGUUGGUUAUUUAUUUUGUUAGUUAUAAGGCUCCACUAUGAAGAUGUUUUUCUUUGAGAACCCUUGACAUUCUGAACAUCAAUCUUAAAUGUCUCUUUAGUGUUAAAAUAUUUUUUUAUACUUUUUGAUAAAUUAUUAUGGGUUGUAUACUAGAAACAUUUUGUUUUGGACUUUGGAAAUAAAAAUCUUUCUAUUGUCUUAGAUUAACUUUUGUUCUAGAUAUGUAAAUAAAUUGUUUAUGCUUUCUUGAAA